CUCUACUGUGCGACGGACAGUCGAGUGGUUAUGAAGCAAUUUUUAGCCUAUUUUUACAAGAACGGCUUCUACGUGGCCAUAACAUAACAUACAAAGUAAUGGAGCCUUUUAUAUUGUCGUGUUUCUUUAGAAAUAAAUAAUGGAUAAAUGGAGUCCUCAGAUGUAAAGUUAUUCGCUGUCAAAGUGACGCCAAAAUGAAUUGGAGUCAAUGGGAUGCUAACAGCAGGUGAUAGCCUAAGCCCGCUACAAUGGCGGCCCCCGGAGGCAGCUUCAACUUCCGGCUGAUGGAUUAGCCUACCCCCUUGGUUGAAGAAGCACAUGUUGUAGUAAAAAUGAUAUCUAUCCAUUCAUCUUUUGUUCGGUCAUGGGGCCUCGUCAUUUAUUUGAUAAAGUUACCCAACUGGACAAUCAUGGCACAGAACAUGAGAAAGCCCCUCGCUCAGUGCCAUUCCCCCUCAACAUCCAGAACCGACGCGGCUACUGCACCGAGAAAUGAGAGAAGUGCUGAGGACGACAUUCUGAGCCGGUUUAAAAUCGGCAGAAUGCUUGGUGAGGGAGGAUUCGGCAAGGUUUAUGAAGGGAAGCGAUUGGCAGAUGGUCUUGAGGUGGCAGUGAAAUUUGUCAAAAAGUCAAAGAGCAUGGAAUACAUCAGAAUUCCUGGUCAUCCUACACCCGUCCCAUUAGAGGUCGGCAUGUUAAAAUAUGUUAAUAGGGACCCCAAAGUUAAAGAGAUCAUUGAACUGCUGGACUGGCAGGACCAGCCUGACGGAUAUAUCAUGGUCUUGGAGCGUCCCCCACACUGCGAAGAUGUGUUUCAUUUUUGGUAUGAUCGCAAACGCAAACUCUGUGAGGAAACGGCACGGACUAUCAUGGCACAGGCAACAAGGGCUGCUCAGACGUGCUGUGACCGAGGAGUUUUCCACAGCGACAUCAAGUUACAAAACCUGCUGAUCAACAAAAAAACACUUGAGGUCAAACUGAUUGACUUCGGGUGCGGGAGAUUCCUGAAAGAGUCCGCCUAUUACAGCUUCCGUGGCACAAGAAGGUACUGUCCACCUGAGUUCCACACAAGGGGCAAGUACCACGGUAAACCAGCUACUGUGUGGUCUCUGGGAGUGCUCUUAUUCGUAAUGUUGUUUGGACGCUGUCCAGAACCCGAAGACCAUCUGAGGAUUAAUGACGACAUGUGGCCUGAGUGUUACUUGUCCAACGAUUGCCGCAACCUGAUUCGAUGCCUCCUGCGGGAAAACCCAAGAGAGCGGAUUGGUUUGGAGGAAAUCAUUUCCCAUAAUUGGUUUAAGGUGUGCGACUCCCCCUCAACAUCCAGAACCGACGCGGCUACUGCACCGAGAAAUGAGAGAAGUGCUGAGGACUGCAUUCUGAGCCGGUUUAAAAUCGGCGAAAUCCUUGGUUUUGGAGAAUUCUGCAAGGUUUAUGAAGGGAAGCGCUUGGCAGAUGGUCUUGAGGUGGCAGUGAAAAUUGUCAAAAAGUCAAAGAACAUGGAAUACAUCAAAAUUCCUGGUCAUCCUACACCCGUCCCAUUAGAGGUCGGCCUGUUAACCGCUGUUAAUAGGGACCCCAAAGUUGAAGAGAUCAUUAAACUGCUGGACUGGCAGGACCAGCCUGACCAAUAUAUCAUGGUCUUGGAGCGUCCCCCACACUGCGAAGAUGUGUUUGUUUUUUGGGAUAAUCGCAAACGCAGUCUCUGUGAGGAAACGGCACGGACUAUCAUGGCACAGGCAACAAGGGCUGCUCAGACGUGCUGUGACCGAGGAGUUUUCCACGGCGACAUCAAGUUACAAAACCUGCUGAUCAACAAAAAAACACGUGAGGUCAAACUGAUUGACUUCAGGUGCGGGAGUUUCCUGAAAGAGACCGCCUAUUACGACUUCCGUGGCACAAGAAGGUACUGUCCACCUGAGUUCGACACAUUGCAGAGGUACCAUGGUAAACCAGCUACUGUGUGGUCUCUGGGAAUGCUCUUAUUCCACAUGGUGUGUGGACGCUUACCAGAACCCAAAGACCAUCUGAGGAUUAAGGAUAACACCUGGUCUAUGUUUCACUUGUCCAACGAUUGCCGCGACUUGAUUCGACGCCUCCUGCGGGAAAGCCCAAAUGAGCGGAUUGGUUUGGAGGAAAUCAUUUCCCAUAAAUGGUUUAAGUUGCUGUCAAAACCCAAAUUUAAUGGACUGGAGAAGAUCAAAACAUGGGCAUACAUGGCUGCUACGGGACUGAAUGUGACCCCUGGAACGGAUUACGCACAGGUACUCUGUUUCUCUGUCCAGGUCGUAUCCAGAUUGAGUCGACGCGGCUGAAAAGCAUCAA